UGACGUCGUUAGUACCACGCCCGGAGAAAGGAUCUACACUGGUAAAAGUAUGAGCUUCGUGUUUACGAAACCCAGACAGAAAUUGCCUCAAACUCCUCUCGAUGUCUCUCUUCCUGACGUGCAACGUCUCCUGUGUGAGCUCCAAGGAAACAUCCUUCAAGACCACGACAGGAGCGACGCCCGACACUUGUUCAUCCAGUUCGGAAGCGACGCGGAGCGUUCACGCCAUCUCGUCAGAGUGUUGUCGGAGAACGUCACUUCUGCGCAUCAAGAGCUGAAUAAGAACGUUGAAACCUUGUUCACAAGCUUUCUUUUGUCUGCAUCCGGGUACAGGAAGUUGAGACUGGAAGACAAAAUGCCGUGUCAGGAAGCUUUUCGGGUUGGAAUGCAAGACUUAACGACGCCUAUUGUUGUAAACCCUGCUCUGGAUCCUGUUCCGAACCCAUGCGCCGACCCAGCUGUUGACACAUGGCACACUCCGUUUCCAACCGGAAUUCCGGAUGCUCUCUUGAUUUUGGCCUUGAGCGGUGACCACGUCAAAGAACAACUGACCAAAGAGCAGGAGCAGAAGCAACAGAUAAUUUCCAAACACGGAGGCACCGUGACUGGAGUGUAUGAAGCGUACCGUGUGAAGAACGAAAACGGACAAGACACCGAGCAAUUCGGAUUUGCAGACGCUAAAGACGAAACGACAGCCGGAUCAUUCCUACCCGGAGCAGAUCCUUUGGUACAACUUGACCUGAUUCUUGAAGAAGACAAGAUUGGAGGUCGCUGUUCGUAUGGAUCCUACUUGGUGUAUCGACGGCUCGAACAAAACGUUGACCUUUUCAAACAAUAUGGAAAAAUGAUUCAAGAAGAGCUGAAAAAGGCAGGACAAGAUAUCUCACAAGAUGAUGCGGAAGCAAGGAUGGUAUACAAAAUUCGAUGCCCCUUUCUCAUGCUACAGCUAAUUUAA